AUGCUGUCAGAUAAUCAGGUGCGAAGGCAAAGCCGGCCAAAUGUAACUGAAGUCAACGGAUGCAUGAAGGACAAACAAGAAAUUAAACGGUUGGAUCGUGUUGCCAGAAAGUCACUAAUCGACCAACGAUAUAAUUUUUUAAUUGAUAAAGUUUCACUCCAUUUUAAAGUUGAUAAAGGAUACGUUGUGGAGUGCUUACUGGAUGGUGAGCAAGUGUAUCUCAUCAAGAACUUUUUUGACCCUGGCGGUAGGAAGGCUCUAUUCUUUGGUUUAAAGUCCGAGAAAUCAGAUAUUAACGAAAGGAUUGGUGUAUUUUCGAGAACUCCAAUCACAGUCCGGCCGCGUAUCUUCGUGUCGACGGGUACUGAACUAAGCCGUCCUGGUCCUUGUGUAAUCUUCACACGAGUUAAUUCGGAUCUCGAAGUGACAGCAGAAAACAUAUCAAAAGAAGUUAGUUUUCUGACGACAGAUCUAACAGAAGAUCUGUUGAAUGCAUUUGGAAACCUACUGAACUCCUUAAUGCUACCACAACUGCAAACAGUUUCAGAUAAGGCUGUUGUCAUCGAGAAGACUGUUUCAGUUGAUAUAAACAAGUUGGACUUAGUUGAGUAUACGAAGAAAUUUGUGAAAUUUCUUGAAGAAUCAUCAGAAUUCUUAGCCAAUCGAUUUCAUUUUAAAUCUUUUCAAAGUAAAUCAAUCGAAAAGAUACAAUCGGUGCAUGAUAUUAAGCGUUUAUCGUCUAUAGUCAGUGCUGAUAUGUUAAAGGAAUUUGAAAUUUGCGCUAUGGCCUGGAUUAAUCAACUAGAGCAGGUAAUAGUUAUUGUUGAUCAGAUUAGAAAGGAAUCCGACAAUACAGGUCCUCGAGUCGAGUUGGACUAUUGGCGUCGACGGAUGACUACAUUCAAUACAAUAUUUGAAGAAAUGAAUAAGCACAAUUGUAAAGUUGUCCUUGGUAUACUUUCUUCUACAAAUUGUCCUCUAGUUAAGAAAUGGCAUCAACUCGAAUCCAUAGUGAUGGAUUAUACAAAUGAAGCAAAAAAUAAUAUGAAAUUUCUGAAUACCAUAGAAGAAUAUUGUGAGCCGUUGUACAGAUGUGAUCCAGUUGGUAUGUUAGAGAGUGUACCGAAACUCGUGACAAUGAUCCGCUUAGUCUAUGAGAUAUCUGCAUUUUAUAGUACACCAGAGAAAAUCACCUCACUGUUCGUGAAAGUCACCAACCAAAUGAUAUCUACAUGUAAAGCAUACAUCACCAAUAACUAUCAGAAUACAAUAUGGACAGAGAAUCCAGAAAACCUGUUGAAAAAGAUUUCGGAUUGCGAUCACUUGAACCAAGUGUACAAAGCAUCAUUUCAACGAGUUAAAGCGGAACUAGCCUCCGCUAAACCGAAUUCAUCAUCAUCAUCAUCAAAACAAUUCGAUUUAUCCGAAAUACACAUAUUUGGUAAAUAUGAUUUAUUCUGUCGACGAUUGCAUCAAAUUAAUGAGGUAUUUCAAAUGAUCAAGGCGUAUUCAUGUUUAUUGACGUCAAAGAUUGAAAAAUUCGAUCCUUUAAUUGCACAGUAUAAUCUGGCUGUCAGUAAACUUCGUACAAAUGAGUAUAACUUUUUGGAUCAACGUAACACUGAAGUCGACGAUUGUAUUAUGGAGUUCAAAGGAAAAAUGAAUGAUAUUCGACUUAGUUUAAAGUCAUUGCUGCAAUCAGAAAUGAACAAACAUUAUGAUUUACACAGGCUUUUAGGCAUUAUAGGACAGUUUGAAAUGUUACAGUUACCAGAUUUGGGCAUAGAUGAAGCCUACUCGAAAUCACUGCAUUAUUUUGGUCAACUAAUUGAUCAAGUUGGCAAAGAUUAUAGUCAAUUCAAGGAAUCUCCACCUAUUGGACGUGAUAUGCCACCGAUAGCAGGCAAAAUAUCCUGGGCAAAACAGUUAUAUCGAAGAAUUGAAAGUCCAAUGUUAAUGUUCAAUAAUAAAGUGAAAUUGAUGCGUUCAAAGGAAGGCAAAGAAAUAACAAAAAAGUAUAAUAAAUUAGCUGAAGUUCUAGUCACUUAUGAAAUGGUUCACUACCGUAAUUGGAUUAAACAGAUAUCUAUAGCAAAAGUUGGUCUCCGUGAUUCUCUACUAUAUCAAGAUGAAGAAACAAAUCGGAUUAUUGUCGCACUAGAUCCAGACAUUUUACAAGUCUACCGAGAGAUUGAAUUACUUUCUAAAUGGGGAUUAGAAAUACCUGAAAUCGCUAUAGAAUUGAGUCAAAAAGAGAGUGAAUUAAAAAAGCACUAUCAUAAUUUAAAAUUAAUGCUGGCCAACAUAAAUGAAAUCGAAGCGAAUAUGGAUCCCUGUUUUAUGCGUUUAAUGCGUGCACAGUUUGCAUAUCUACAAAAUUUACUCAGACCUGGUUUAUCUUUAUUAAAUUGGACAAGUUUGGGAAUUGAUAAUUUUAUUGAUGAUGUAACCGGAUAUACUGAUCAGUUAAGAUUGUUGAAUGAACGUGCAAACGACUUGAAAAAGUAUCGGAUUGAAAAAGUUUUAGACGAAAUAUCUAAUGUUACCUUAUGCGAAUUAAGUGAUACAGAGCCAUGGAGCCUGGACUACUUCCUUGAGCAUACGAAACAGUUGUGUAGUCAAGCUGGACAAUUGUUACAGAAUAAAAGUCAAGCGAUUCAAGAUGCUGUACAUGAGUUAAUCGAUAUGCUGUGCGGUGAAUACAGGUUACAGUUGAUACAAGAAGAGGAGAAGACAGCAGGAAGCUCACCACGGGUGUUACGAUCAGGGAAAUCAACAGCAUCACCACCACAUGACUCAGCGUAUUCAACUAAUGGACGUUCAAAAACUCCCGUAGCAAGAAGUGCAAAUGAACGUCGUAGACGACAAAUUGAAGAGACUGCUUACAGAUUACUAGAACAUUUUCAUCAAAAAACUGUCGACACUUUAACUAAACUAGUUCGUAACACAUUGGAAAAUCUACGCAAAUGCUUGACUUUACCUUCAAUUUUAUCUUACGAUAGCCUGAAUCCAAAUGAAUCAGUACAACUCUACUUUUCAUGUUAUGCACAAUUGUGUCUACCGACAAUUCUGAUCUAUCCGUCUAUUGAUGACUUUCAAAAAGCUUUGAAUAAUGUUGUACACUUAAUCAUCUCUGUGAUGCGUCAUAUUCCAAUGUGGGAUUUGAAAUUGCGCGGUCCUCUCGGUCAUAAGUUGCAGGAUGAUAAUGAAGUUGAGGAAAUUAUGCAAUCACCAAAGGAAACACGAAAAUCAAGUCAAACCGAUACUUCCUCUCAGCAUUUAAGUAGUGACUGGACCAGAGAUCCAAAUGAUUCCUCUGAAGGCACUGAACGACUACUAGGUGAUUCAUUACUACUAGAUGAACAAUUCAAUAGUAUAGAUGGUGAACAUGGAAAUCGAAAUCACUCAACAAACUAUUUCAAGAAAAUUUUUGAAAAUAAAGAGAUCAACAAACUUAAGGCGAUGCUUACCAGCGCUUUAUCACCAGUUCAAAAGAAUAUAAAAUCCUCACUUCGACGAUUCGAUCGGUAUAAACCGCUGUGGGAGAAAUCUAAAACAAAAGAAUUUGAAACAUUCAUGGCAAAUAAUCCAUCUGUCGCGGAUUUUGAAGAAGCUAUACAGAAAUUCUACGCAGAAGAUGAAUUGAUCCUUGCUGAACCGGAAGUUUGUGACUGCACUCCUCUGGCCAUUAAUACAGAACGCUUAAAAGAAGGUCUACUUAUAGAAACCAGUAACUGGCGACUAGAAUAUGGAAGAUUGUGUAAUUCCAAGUUCAAAAAACAAGUAGAAUCUCUGCUUGCAAUGAUUGAGAAAUAUGACAAAAUUUUAUCAAGACCUAUUAAUGACUUGGAUGAUAUAAGAAUACUUAUGAAUGCUCUGAAGGAUUUACGUGAAAUAGAAGUCAAUGUAGACUUACAACUUGGACCGAUUGAAGAAUCCUAUGCUUUACUGUCAAAAUAUUCAAUUCCAGUGGAUAAGGAAGAGACUGAAAAGGCUGACACACUACGCUAUGAAUGGGAGAAGCUAUGCAAACAAAUGUUACUGGUACAAAAUGAAUUAAUUGAAGUCCAACCACAAUUUCGUAGGAAUUUAUUAGAGAAUAUUGGUGAAUUUCAUGAAAAUUGUUUAACAUUCUACAACGAUUAUGAUACAGUUGGACCAAUGGUUCGAGGUAUCCCGCCCAGAGAAGCAUCAGACCGACUUAUUAUAUUUCAAAAUCGCUUCGACAAUCUCUAUCGGAAUUACAUAACCUACAGUGCAGGUGAACAGUUAUUCGGCCUACCAAUCACAGAAUACAAUCGAUUAGAUGAAAUUAGAAAACAAUUGAACCUGUUACAAAAGCUCUAUCUGUUGUACAACAGUGUUCUAAACAAAACAGCCGGUUAUUAUGAUAUACCAUGGUCUGAUGUGCGAAUUGAUUUAAUUUCACAAGAACUUCAGGAUUUUCAAAAUCGUUGCCUUAAAUUACCGAAAGCUUUAAGAGAAUAUCCAGCCUACGAUGAUUUAAGACAAACUUUGUCUAAUUUUGAUCAAAUAAUUCCACUACUAGAGUUGAUGUCUAAUCCGUCGAUGCGUGAACGACACUGGAAACGUCUGACCACGCUUACAGGGCAUACAUUUAAUGUUGACGAGAGUGGAUUUACUCUACGCAGCAUUCUUGAAGCACCAUUACUUAAACAUUAUGACGAUGUAGAAGAUAUUUGCAUAUCAGCGAUUAAAGAACGUGAUAUUGAAAACAAACUCAUUAGCAUAAAAGCUGAAUGGAGUGCACAACAGUUCGAGUUUGUACAAUUCAAAAAUCGUGGUGAAUUAUUACUACGUGGUGAUCAUACGCUAGAAUUGAUCAGUCUAAUGGAAGAUUCAUUAAUGGCGCUCAGUUCCCUGUUAAGUAAUCGAUAUAAUACACCCUUUCGUAAAGAAAUUCAAAACUUUAUUUCAAGGUUAUCAAAUUCAAAUGAAAUUAUUGAACAAUGGCUUGCUGUUCAAAAUUUAUGGAUAUAUCUUGAAGCUGUGUUUAUCGGUGGGGAUAUUGCUCGCCAGCUGCCUCAAGAAGCGAAACGUUUCACCAAUGUGGAUAGAUCUUGGUGUCGGAUUAUGCAACGUGCACAUGAGACAACACACGUGUUAACUUGUUGUGUUGGGGAUGAAAUGCUGAGUCAUUUAUUACCACAUUUAAUGGAACAGUUAGAAUUGUGUCAAAAAAGUUUAACUGGGUACUUGGAGAAAAAGCGUCUUCUAUUCCCACGUUUCUUUUUUGUAUCCGAUCCAACCCUACUGGAGAUUCUCGGUCAAGCAUCAGAUCCUCACACCAUACAGGCACAUUUGCUGUCGGUAUUCGAUAAUAUUAAGACAGUGAAAUUUCAUGAAAAACAAUAUGAGACAAUAUUAACGUGUUAUUCACAAGAGGGUGAAGUGUUGGAGUUAGAGCAUCCUGUAAAAGCUGAAGGACACGUAGAGAUUUGGCUAAACAAGUUAUUGAAAGAAGCCCAGUUUUCUCUACAUCAGAUCAUCAGAGAAGGCUAUCAAGCUGCGAUGGAAGAAGGCGUGAAUAUCUUAGAAUUUCUAGCCACAUUCCCUGCUCAGGUUGGAUUAUUAGGCAUACAAUUUAUAUGGACAAGAGACUCAACGAAUGCCCUAAGAGAGGCUAAAUAUAAUAAAAAGAUAAUGCAAAAAACUGAUCUUGAAUUUGGUCGUCUAUUGAAUAUGCUGAUUCAACAGACUACACAGAAUUUGACAUCAGUUGAACGUACUAAACUAGAAACGUUGAUCACUAUCCAUCUGCAUCAAAAAGACAUUUUUGCCUCAUUAGUUAAAGAUCGUAUCAAAUCACCAACAGAUUUCGACUGGUUGAAACAAACACGUUUCUACUAUCUGGAAGAUUCAGAUGCAUGUUUAAUUUCAAUAACUGAUGUGAAUUUUGUUUAUCAGGAUGAAUUUAUCGGGUGUACAGAAAGACUGGUAGUCACACCACUCACGGAUAGGUGUUAUAUAACCCUUGCACAAGCAAUCGGUAUGUCUAUGGGUGGUUCACCGGCUGGACCAGCAGGAACUGGGAAAACAGAGACAGUCAAAGAUAUGGGCAGAUGUCUGGGGAAAUAUGUUAUUGUCUCCAAUUGUUCAGAUCAAAUGGAUUUUCGUGGUUUAGGCAGAAUAUUCAAAGGCUUAGCCCAGUCUGGUUCAUGGGGAUGCUUUGAUGAAUUUAAUCGUAUUGAAUUACCUGUAUUAUCCGUAGCUGCUCAACAGAUUGCCAUCUUAUUAACAUGCAAAAAGGAAAGAAAGUCACAGUUUGUGUUUACCGAUGGUGAGACAAUAGAUAUGAAUCCAGAGUUUGGCAUCUUUUUAACAAUGAAUCCUGGCUAUGCUGGAAGACAAGAGUUACCAGAGAAUUUGAAAAUCAACUUUAGAACAGUUGCUAUGAUGGUUCCAGAUAGGCAGAUUAUUAUCCGCGUCAAGCUGGCAUCGUGUGGUUUUAUUGAGAAUAUUAUUUCAGCACAAAAGUUUUACACAUUGUAUAAAUUGUGUGAAGAACAGCUGAGUAAACAGAUUCACUAUGAUUUUGGACUGCGUAAUAUCCUUUCUGUUUUGCGUACACUGGGUGCAGUGAAACGUGCUAAUCCUAAUGAUACAGAAUAUGAGACUGUAAUGCGUGUACUACGUGAUAUGAAUUUGAGUAAAUUAGUUGGACCAGAUGAACCAUUGUUUUUAUCACUACUCGAUGAUUUAUUCCCUGGUCUUUCCCUGUACAAAGGUGGUUAUCCAGAACUCGAAAAAGCUAUCAAGCAAAACCUGGAGGAGUCAAAUCUAAUCAGUCACCCACCAUGGUUUCUCAAAGUUAUCCAAUUAUAUGAAACUCAACGUGUUCGUCAUGGCAUGAUGACAUUGGGUCCUUCAGGAACUGGUAAAUCCUGUUGUAUUCAAACAUUAAUGAAAGCAAUGACUCAAUGCUUUGAACCACAUCGUGAAAUGCGUAUGAAUCCGAAAGCUAUCACAGCUGCACAAAUGUUUGGCCGAUUAGAUGUAGCCACAAAUGAUUGGACGGAUGGUAUAUUCUCCACUCUGUGGCGUAGAACGCUGAAAGCCAAAAAAGGUGAACAUAUCUGGUUGGUGUUAGACGGUCCAGUCGAUGCUUUAUGGAUUGAAAAUUUGAAUUCAGUACUGGAUGAUAGUAAACUUCUGACGCUGGCCAAUGGGGAUCGUAUUCCAAUGGCACCGUGUUGUAAGAUUAUUUUUGAAGUAGAUAAUGUUGACAAUGCAUCACCUGCAACUGUUUCAAGAAACGGUAUGGUGUAUAUAAGUACAACCACACUGAACUGGUUACCCAUACUUCAAGGCUGGUUAAUGUCACGUAGCAACAAAACUGAAGCUGACCAAUUAUUACAGUUAUUCAGUGCAUCAUUUGAAAGUGUCUACCAAUAUGCAACUAGACAUUUAAAUUUUAAAAUGAAUGUUCUCGAAGCUUUUGUUAUUCGUCAAGCCUGCGAUAUAUUGACUGGUAUAUUGCCCAAGCCAGAAGAAAAGGACAGCCCAUCGAUAACUCCAAAACAUUUGGAACGUAUUUACAUAUUCGCACUACUCUGGAGUAUCGGUGCAUUUCUAGAAGGUGUUGAUCGUGCAAAACUUGAAAGUUUUUUACGCAAACAUGAAACAGUUAAAUUUGAUCUUCCUGAGUAUCUUUCAGAUUCGAAUAAUGACACAAUAUUUGACUAUGUGGUAAGUGAUUCAGGGGAAUGGAUUCACUGGAAUACAAAAGUUGAGGAAUUCCACUAUCCAACUGACAGUACACCUGAAUACUCAUCAUUACUUGUACCAAAUGUAGACAAUGUACGCACUGAAUUCCUCAUUGAUUUAAUUGCUAAACAACAAAAAUGUGUACUACUGAUCGGUGAACAAGGGACAGCUAAAACUGUAAUUCUCAAUAAAUACUUAAGCAGUCACAAUCCUGAAGUGCAUAUGUAUAAAACGUUGAAUUUUUCAAGUGUUACUACACCUUUGCUGUUUCAACGUGCCAUCGAGAGCUUUGUUGAUAAACGAAUGGGUAGUACAUAUGGUCCACCAGCAGGUCGAAGAAUGACAAUCUUCAUUGAUGAUAUCAGUAUGCCAUUGAUAAAUGAAUGGGGUGAUCAGGUAACAAAUGAAAUGGUACGUCAGUUAAUUGAAAUGAGAGGAUUUUACAAUCUAGAAAAACCGGGAGAUUUCACCUCAAUUGUUGAUGUUCAAUUCUCCGCGGCUAUGAUUCAUCCAGGCUCUGGUCGGAAUGAUAUACCGCAUCGACUGAAACGACAUUUUUGUAUAUUUAACUGUACACUGCCGAGUAAUACAUCGAUCGAUAAAAUAUUUAGUGCAAUCGCUGAAGGACAUUAUUCUCCUGAAAGAGGAUUUACUGAUAACAGCAGUAUAGUUGAAACAGUUAGACUACUUGUUCCGUUAACACGAAUUCUCUGGCAGACGACUAAGCAUAAAAUGCUACCGACACCGGCUAAAUUCCAUUAUAUAUUCAAUUUACGUGAUCUAAGUCGUAUAUGGCAAGGCAUGAUUGGCUCUGUAGCUGAAGUGAUCAAUAGUAAAGAACGCUUAAUGAUGCUAUGGCGUCAUGAAUGUUUAAGAGUAUUAGCAGACAGAUUUAUUUCGGCUGAAGACCACCAAUGGUUUGAUACAAUUAUGAAACGUCUAGUUAGAGAGGAACUUGGUACUGAAUACGUAACUAUGGUGGCAAAUGAUCCGCCAUACUUUGUUAAUUUCUUACGCGAUCCACCUGAAGCAACUGGUGAUGAACCUGAUGAUUAUGUUGUCGAAGUACCCAGAAUUUAUGAACCGAUUGAAUCAUUUCAACAGCUAUCUGAACGUUUAGAGAUGUUUCUACGUCAGUAUAAUGAAUCUAUCCGUGGGGCACGAAUGAAUUUAGUCCUAUUUCAAGAUACGCUAACACAAAUUGUACGUAUAGCUAGAAUUUUAUAUAUGCCACGUGGUAAUGCUUUACUCGUCGGAGUUGGUGGGUCUGGUAAACAAUCAUUUACAAAACUAGCAUCCUACAUUGCUGGUUAUCAAACAUUUCAAAUCACAUUGACACGAUCAUAUAAUACUUCAAAUCUGAUCGAGGAUCUAAAAUUUCUGUAUCGUACAGCUGGACAAAAAGGUCGUGGCAUCACAUUCAUUUUCACAGAUCAAGAAAUCAAAGACGAGGCAUUUCUAGAAUACCUAAAUAAUGUCCUGUCCUCCGGGAUUAUCUCAAAUCUAUUCACCCGUGAUGAAAUGGAUGAAAUCCUGCAAGAUUUAAUCCCAUGCAUGAAAAAAGAGCAUCCACGAUUAUCACCGACAAAUGAGAAUUUGAAUGAUUAUUUUCUCAGUCGAACUCGGAAAAAUCUUCAUGUGGUUUUGUGUUUUUCACCAGUUGGUGAGAAGUUUCGAGCAAGAUCGUUGAAAUUUCCUGGAUUAAUAUCCGGUUGUACAAUCAACUGGUUUCAUCGUUGGCCAAGGGAGGCUUUAGUCGCUGUGGCUAAUCACUAUCUCACGGACUUCCCAAUUGUUUGUAGCAGUCAAACUAAAAGUGUUUUAAUUAAUACAAUGGGUGUAGUACACGAUGGAAUUGCUGAGGCGUGCACAGAUUACUUUGCAAGAUAUCGACGUCAAACACACGUCACACCGAAAUCCUAUUUAUCAUUUCUACAAAGUUACAAAUCAGUUUAUACACAACAACAUGGGCAUUUUGCAAAUCUAGCUCAACGUAUGGAUGGUGGCCUGCAAAAGUUGGUUGAAGCUCAAGACAAUGUCGCCCAACUGAGUAAAGAGUUGGCUGUUAAAGAAAAGGAUCUUGAAGUGGCGAAUAAAGAAGCUGAAGAAGUACUUCUCACAGUUACCAUUCAACAAAACGCUGCAACUGAAGUGCGAAAUAAAGUCCAGCUUGUUAAAGAUAAAGCACAAGCCAUUGUUGACGAUAUAGACCGAGAGAAGAUUUUAGCCGCAGCGAAAUUAGAAGCGGCAAAACCCGCCCUCCAAGAAGCUGAAGACGCCCUGAACACCAUAAAACCAGGUGAUAUAGCAACUGUGCGUAGAUUAGGCAAACCACCACACCUCAUCAUGCGCAUCAUGGAUUGUGUCCUCCUAUUGUUUCAACGUCAUUUAGAAAUUUAUCAACCUGAUCCAGAACGUGCAUGUCCAAAGCCAAAUUGGAGUGAAUCGCUGAAGUUAAUGACAAACACAAGUUUUUUAGCUAUGCUAAUGUCUUUCCCCAAGGAUACAAUUAAUGAAGAGACCGUGGAACUGUUGGAGCCAUAUUUAAAUAUGGACGAUUAUACGCUAGAGGUCGGGAAAAAGGUAUGCGGUAAUGUCGCUGGCUUGCUCUCCUGGACGAAAGCGAUGGUUUACUUCUAUGCUAUUAAUAAGGAUGUUUUACCGAUGAAAGAUAACCUGGUGAAACAAGAAGCUCGGCUGGCUAAAGCUAUGAAUGAUUUAAAUGAUGCUCAAGCCAUACUUGACGAGAAAGAAAGUGAAUUGGCUAAAGUUCAAGCAGUGUAUGAAGAAGCAUUACGCAAAAAGAAUGCCUUACUUGAAGACGCUGAAUUAUGUCGACGUAAAAUGAAUACAGCUUCAAAGCUUAUCGGAAGUUUGGGAGAUGAACAGACUCGGUGGACAGAAGAAAGUCAAGCGUUCAAGGAGCAUAUUGAAUGUUUGGUCGGUGAUGUCCUUAUCGCCACUGGAUUUCUGUCUUACUGUGGUCCAUUUAACCAAGAAUUUAGACAAAUGCUUUACCAAUCUUGGCAACGAUUAUUAAGGCAGUGUAAAAUACCCGGGUCAACAAUUGUCAACUUAAUUUCUAUGUUAACUCAACCGACUCAGCUUGGUGAAUGGAAAAUUCAAGGUUUACCCAGUGAUGAAUUAUCCAUACAAAAUGGGAUUAUUGUCGAUCAGGCUAGUCGUUACCCACUCCUGGUUGAUCCACAAGGUCAAGGCAAAGCAUGGAUAAAAAAUCGUGAAGAAAAAUUCGAUUUAAUUAUUACUACAUUGGGAAAUAAAUAUUUUAGACAAAAUUUAGAAGAUGCCUUAUCCACUGGACGUCCACUGCUGAUUGAAGAUAUUGGCGAAGACUUAGAUCCAGCAUUGGACAAUAUACUUGAGAAGAAUUUCAUAAAACAAGGUUCAAUUCAAAAGGUUAAAGUUGCCGAUAAAGAAGUUGACGUACUCUCCGGUUUUCGACUAUACAUCACAACUAAACUGGCUAAUCCAUCCUAUACACCUGAAAUAUCCGCUAGAACAUCAAUUAUCGAUUUCACUGUAACAAUGAAAGGCUUAGAAGAACAAUUACUUGGCCGGGUAAUUGUAAGUGAACGCUAUGAGUUGGAAGCUCAACGUGUCCAAUUAAUGCAUGAUGUACAAUUGAAUAAGACAAAAAUUAAACAGCUGGAAGACAACUUAUUAUCACGUUUAGCAAGCGUUCAAGGUUCACUGGUCGAUGAUGCUGAUCUCAUUGAUGUGUUAAGCUCGACAAAAUCAACAGCUAGUGAGGUAUCAAGGAAGCUGGAAAUUGCCUCUGAAACUGAAAUGCAGAUAACAGCUGCCAGGGAAGAGUACAGACGAUUGCUACACGUGGUUCAGUGUUAUACUUUCUGA